UAUUUUCUUCUGUAUCACUUCUUUGUAGUGGUAGUCAUAUUUUGUAAUCUUAUGAUCAGAAAGUGAUUUACAAUUCUUCAUUUGCUUAUUAUUUUCUCUUUAGUGGAGUAUCAUAUGCAGUAAGCUUACGAAUUUCAGAAUCUUUAAAGUGUUGGUAGACAAAUGAUACCAACGUAUUUAUUAAUUAACUAUUUUCUAUCGCGAAAAUUCCGAGUUUUUAACCAUGGAAAGUACUCGAUCUUUGCACGAAAGAUUUGAUGUUAAUGGACAGUCGAACGCAUAUUAUCAGUCUUCAGAAUUACCAGUUGUAAAGAAGAACCUGGAUAUGAGUUGUUCUUAUUCAAUGGACGAUUGUUGUAGUACUUUAGAAAAUUUUAUAUUCCCACCACCUCCUCUUCUCCAAUUACCCUUGGGCGAAGCAACGCCGCAGAAAUGCUUAGAUGGUAAAGAUGGCCGCAGUUCAUCAGAUGACGCUGACAGUAAUUCGGACAGUAGUCAGUCCGAUAAUUACCCGAUACUAGGCAGCAAUUCUAUAUCUUUAAAACCGUCGAGAAGUUCGAUGUUUAAAUUUAGAGGAUAUUUCAACGAUGGAAGUCCAGUCAACAACAUUCUAAGCAUUUUACCGCCUAUCGGUGUGUUUUGGGAUAUCGAAAAUUGUCAAGUUCCAAAGGGAAGAUCUGCCGUUGUUAUCGCGCAAGCGAUUCGUGAUAAAUUUUUCCAAGGGUAUCGUGAAACCGAAUUUUUAGUCGUUUGUGAUGUGAAAAAGGAAAAUUCGCAAGUUAUUCAAGAACUCAAUGAUGCUCAAGUUAAUUUAAUUCAUGUUAGUUCUCAAAGUAAAAAUGCAGCUGACGAUAAAUUAAGACAAGCUAUGCGCAGAUUCGCCGAUAUACACGGCCCACCAGCUGCAAUUAUGCUCAUUUCGGGUGAUAUUAACUUUUCUUCAGAUCUGUGUGAUCUUCGACACAGGAAAAAAAUCCACGUUAUUCUUUUGCAUAACGAUUUGUGUUCCCAGUCCCUUAUUUUAUGCGCUAAUGAGCACCAUAAUUAUUCGAAGUUGGUCGAAACUUUACCUCUCAGAGGUUCUGAAAAUUUACAAAAUAACAACCCUGUAGAGGUUUUAGUGACCAACUUACCGAUAGGAUAUGACCCUGCGAAAAUUCGCAACAAGCUGAAACGUCUUUCGGAAAACUGCGGUGGUCGUGUCGGAAUUAUUACCGAUCAAACUACUACCAUACGUUUUUCAUCGAUGGAAUUCGCUACUAGAGCUCAAAAGCGUAUGAAUAAGGAACGAGUUUUUGGAAACUGUGUGUUCGUUAGCACGCCUUACAAUGUAACCGAUGAUCAAGAUUUGAAUAAAAUUUCAGUAGGGAAAAAGAAUAACAUUUGUAGAAACUUCGAUCACAUUGUGCCUAACCAGAAAAUGUAUCAUUGUCCGAAUAACGAGAAUUUUCUUACCGUUCCCGAAUACCCGAUUAAUGAUCAGAGGAAUUUCUUACCGUACAAUAGGCCAGCUUCGUAUUAUCAAAAUGGCGCCACAGUUCAUUGCAGAAACGAUCAACGUAGCGGUAACUACACCGUUCCUCAUACAAAUCAAGAGAAUAUCGCUCAUCCUAAUAAUUUACCACCCUGGUAUCAUUGGAAUUCGUCUAACGUGAACGUAAACAAGUACGCGAUGGAAGGUAUGAAUAAACCUGGUAGACAAGUUUUGGCUGCUUGCGACGGUAAUUCCAAAUGUUUGCCUCAAGAUCCGUAUGUAAUGGCCCAACCGGGAAAAUUCGAUCGAUUUUGGCAGAAUGAAAGUAAUUUGAUGGCAGGUGCGCAGUGUCAGCAGCCAAAUUCGUAUACCGAAAUGCAAAAGAAUGGUUUACCGCAGAUUACGAUAUUGAAAAGGAAUGGAGCUGUACCUGUUAAUCCGUUGGAUAUGAAUAAGAGAUAUUUUCAUCCUAUUUGUACGAAUCAAGCUACGAUCAAUCAAGCUACUCAAACGAAUGGACCGGUUGAAUUACAUAUAACGAACUUGGAUCAAUGCAUGGAUACUGCGGAGUUACACAAAUGUCUUUUCAACGCGUUUGCAGAGUUUACUACAGUUUUGAAUUUAUCGGUUUACGUACAAUCGGACGGUAAUUACGCUGCUUCGGUCAAGGUUCCUAGUCAUCAAGAUGCUCAGUUCGUUAUAUCGAAACUACAUCGUCGUAAAAUCGGAUUCAAAAGGAUCAUGAUAUCGAAUGCUCAUAACGGAAGCGCGCAUAAUAUCUCGUUAAUCAGAUCUCAGACGGUAUCUUUAUUACGAGACGUGCCUGGAAAUCAGUUACCGUUGAUUAAAUUCAGGGAAUUGUACGAGAAACGUUAUUUGGUGUCACCUUCUGCGUCAGAUUUGUCGAAAUUGAAAGACGUAUGUACUAUUUCUGAAGAAGCUAUUGGUCGAAUUAUUAGCUUGAACCCCGAGUUACGAAAUUCUCCGUCGCCUCUUUUAUCGUUCAAUAAUGAUAAUGUCACAUCGACCGAACAGCCUUAUUGUAAAACGCACUGGAAACCGACUCGAAUGAAUUUCGAAAAAGGUUGGGCUGAAUUGGAAGUUAUGAGCUUACCGAAUGUCAAAAUCAAUAUGACGGUGUUUUCUAAAAAUCUCCAUCGUUUGGUUGCCUCGCAUAAUAAUUACCUUCUGUUGACGAGCUUUUGCGAUUGCUAUGAAAUGGAAUUCGGUAAAUUAUUGUUCGACGAUAACGGCGUACCUUUGGAGCAUUUGGUGACCUGCGUAAGCGGUUUAGAAUUGGUGGUGAAUAACAGUACCGGCAUAAAGUAUAUUACUGCCAGCACCAAAGUCAAUAACGACGAUAGAAAAUCCGAAGGGUCACAUUCUAUACAAGAUGGCAGCUGUAUUAGUCCUUCGUUAGUGAACAACUUGGCGCUAUUUAGUCGCGAGCUAGUCGAUUUAUUGAAAACGUUUCCUCAUUGCACCAUGUCUUUCAAUCGAUUCAUUCCCGCCUAUCACCAUCAUUUCGGUCGCCAGUGUCGUGUCGCUGAUUACGGUUACACAAAACUAAUCGAUUUAAUGGACGCUCUUCCGAACGUUGUUCAAGUAAUUGGCGAAGGUAACCGACGUAUGUUGACGCUGGCGCAUAAAGCUCAGAUUCGUCGUUUCACGUCAGAUUUGUUACGUGUGCUGAAAUCGUUGGCCAGCAAGCAAACUACUAUCGGCGAAUUUCCUUCGCUUUUCGAAAAAACCAUCGGCAGACCUUUCGACCCGGUCGACUACGGAUUGUGUUAUUUGGAAGACUUGCUGUCGCAGAUAUCCGAAAAUACGGUAGUCAUUCAUCCGGCAUCGUCAGCAAACGGAGCAGACACCGUUAACGAGCCGGCCGAUACUGUGAUUGCUAUACCUAAACGAGAACAAACCGCCGAAGAGAUCGAAAGAACUAAAAUAUUCGCAAACGAGGUUGUUGAAUUGCUGAGCCACGCUCCGCAAUGCAGUAUGCUUUUUAAUAAGUUCAUUCCGGCGUAUCAUCAUCAUUACGGUCAUCAGUGCAAAGUGGCUGAUUUCGGUUUCACAAAAUUAAUCGAGUUAUUCGAAGCCAUACCUGACGUUGUAAAGAUCGAAGAUGAUACCGAAGGAGGCGAUCGUAAAGUGACUUUGCGAGAAGAAGUCAAGUUGAAAGUUUUAGGAGAUCAGUUAGUGACACUGGUGAUGUCUAGACGACCGAACGAAUUGUCGUUAGUUAAUUUAAAUUCGGUAUUCCUAUGGCAAUACGGCUAUUCGUUGAAACCCUCGGCGUACGGAUUUAAUUCUUUGCAAGAGCUGAUAGAAAAUUUAAAUUUCGCUGUCAAGCUUGUAGAUACACCGGCCGGACCCGUUUUGCAAGCUGUAGAUAAAAACCAGCUGAAAUUCUUAUCGUUGAAAACGAAACGUGUACUGAUCGAACGUUCGGCGAUCGGGCAAAUGUUUUUUAAAGAUUUUAGCAAAGCAUUCGUCUCGAUGUUCGGCGAGUCGAUCGAAUUACAAGUUUUAGAAAAAGAGCUCACCGAUACAGUAACGGUCAUCAGAAAUAAUUCGACAGCUGACGCCAUAAUCAAGCUAACACCGUUGGAAAUAUUCGCGCGAGAUGUAUAUCUAUUAAUGAUAUCGUGCGAAGGAAAGUUACCUUUGAAUUCUUUCGAGAAUGCUUACCUACGAAUGUACGGUACGGCGGUUCAGCCGGCAGUAUACGGAUAUCAAACGAUAUCAGCCUUGCUACAAGCUAUCCCUCAAACCGUUGUGAUUCGUGGUAAACCACCUAAAAGAAUCAUCUUACUAAAUACAGAAUUAACGUCGGCUGGAUUCCGAUUACCGAAAAGUUUAACGGCGAAUAAUAAUCGCUACUCGUCGUCUUAUCUUCCGAAAGAAAAUAUCGCUCGAUAUCCCGCCGGUGAUUCGUUUAACGAUUUUGAAAAUCAAUACUUGAUGAGACACGAAUUCGAAAACGAUGGCACGUUUUUCAAGCCUAAUUGCAAUUCUACAGCGUAUCAAGCAAAUCCUAGGAAUGAGACUAUGCCAUUGGUGAUGUUACCGGACUUGACUCUACACCCGGAUACGUAUACGGCGAGUCCGCUCACGUCUCCGCAUAAGAGCCUUCACAAUACUAUCAUGUUCGCCGAGCAUAUGUUGCAUGCGCCAACAUCCAGAAUUGAAACGCCGUCUUCGGUCCGCCUGCCUUAUCCGGUUUACCUGAAUAACGCCUACAACAAUACCAACGCGUUGAACGGAAGUCAAUUUCACGAUUGUAGAUCGUACUCGAAUUCGGUUAAUACGUCGCCUGCGCAAGACAACGUAGCAGCCGUCAUGCCGAAGAGCUGUGAAGUUAACCCCGAUGAUCAACCAACGUCCGAAAGUAUCGCAUCGAGUACCGACUCGUUCAGCGAUGGCACUGUCAGCAGUAGUAAUAAACGUAAAGUACGUUUAGCUGCUCAAUUUCACGGAUUUUCGGAAAGUUAGAAACGGCUCAGUGUCGAAAUUAUCGUCAGGUCAUUCCACGAAUGGGUUUUUAAAAGCGAAAGUACAAGUUUAACUUUCAUUCGCCGCAUCAGCGGUUUACCGUUUGAAUGUAUUUGUACCAAUUACGCUUACUUUUGAUAUUUUAUCUAUGAUCUCAUUCAUUUCCUUUUUCCUCUCUCUCCCUUUUUUUUAACACGAAAACUCGUCUAUGUUGGUCAAUUGUAAUUUUUUUUUUUUUUAGUCGAUUUACCUACGUAUAUAUUCGUAUAAAUAUUCGAAUUUUUCUCUUUCAUCAUCGGUUUUUUCUACGUUGUGAUUAUAUUGUUUUCAACGGGGUUUCCGUUCGGUUUUCUUUUUUAAAUUACAUUUUUUGCUUCAUCAUGUUAAUAAUUGUAGUAUCAUCCGUAAUAUCCAAUACCUUUUUAUGGAUCAAAAGUUUUGUCCUUUUCCUACUUACAAAACGAAAGAUCUUGUUUUAUGAUUAACGAUAAUCUAUUGUAUUGUCCUAUGAUUUUUUUCUCCAUUUUUUUCGUUCCUUUCGUAAAUUAAACUUUGUUCAAAUUUGAUUGUAUAAUUUAUCGUUUUGAUUAUGUUUAUUUGUACGUCAUCUUAUCCACGUUGAUUUUUUUCGUCCAUUCCAAAUGCAAGAUUUUUUUUUUAUUUUCUACGAUUUAUUUAUUACUUUUAGAAGAAAUUGCAGAUUCGGUUUACUUUAUGUUUUUUUUUCCUCUUGAUUUUUUACCAUUUUUUUUUCUUUUUCGUGAAAUAGUGUACUUUUUGUUUCAUUAUUAUCCAGUUUUAUUAUUAGUACUUGUUUAUACUAUUGAAUGGUUUUGCAUGUAUUGUUUGAAAGCGUUCAAAAAAGCGUUUUAUAUUAUUACUUGAAAUUGUGCAUUUUUAAAAAUACGACUGGAAAUUUUCACUCGAAAACUAUUAUCAAGUUUUGUCGCGCGAAAUAAGUAUGUAAUAUUUAUAAGAGAUGGUGAUUGAUUGCGGUAAAUAAUAAAAAUGGUGAUAAUGAUUGUG